UCGACGGGAGACCGUUUGAAAGAGAUACGUUGCGAAUGAAUUUUCGCGAUGAGCCGAUGUGAAAGUACGCAAAUUGUGAAAACGAUUGGUGUCGAUUGAGUGAUACAACGAAAGUGUCGCAGAUCGCAGGGCCGGUUCAACCGGCAGCAUCAUGUUCCGCUCGAAGAAAGACGUUGACCGCCACGUGCAGAACGUGUUUUGCAAGUUGCGAAACGAGAACGAGAAAAAUCUUCGUUGUUACAAUGUUGCCAAACUGUAUUAUCAAGUGGGUGAUUAUGAAUCCACAAAAAGAUAUGUAUUUAAUUACUUAGAAAUACGAGAUAGUUCUGCCAGUGCACACAAGUUGUUGGGUCAGGCUUAUGAAGCUCUUGGUCAAAAGGAAGCAGCUUUUAAUGAAUACAAAGUUUCCCUCGAACUCGAAGGGAGGCAAGAUGAUCUGGUCUUGAAAGUAUGUGAAUUACUGGUUGACAUGGAUAUAGGAAUGGAUGUUAUUAAACUGAAGUAUUGGGUAGAGAGAGCUGACAAACUAUUUCCACAUAAUCCAGUAGUUUUUCAAUUAAAAGAAAAACUUUUGACUAUAGAGAAACCAAACAACAAUAGUGAGGAUCUUGAGGCACUUAUCGCAUCUGAAUUGGCUGCGAGACCGACUGAUGUGCAACUUCGCAUCAAAUUGUUAAAUUAUUACAUGUCGGAGCAUAGAUUGGAUAAAGCUUAUGAGCACGCCAUCAGUGUAGAGGCAACUGUCCCUCAUAAGGACAGCAUUGUGUGGUAUCAGCUGCUGUACGAAUUAUUAACAAAAUAUAAAGAGACUAAAUCUCUUGACUGGUCUUUCUCAUUGUUCUAUAUAUCUGUAUCUGAUAAGUAUGCGGGACUAUGUCUUAAGGAGCAAGGAGGUGAAACGAAGAAAAGCAUUCAAGAAGCAGCUCAGGCAGUAUUUAAUUUUGACCAAAAUCUGAACGAGAUGAAGUCAAAAAACUUUUCUAAACAACACACCUUUACGGAGCAUUUGUUUACGCACAUGUGGGGCCAGUUGCACUUCCACUUGGCGUGUUUGCUGUUACGCAAAACGAAACGCGAACAAGGCAGUUGGAACGAAGCAGGAAGACUGUGCUCACCGCUGUUAUUAACUGCAUUACACGUGGCUCCAUUGGAAAACCGUAUGCGCAUACAAUUAGAGGAUGAAUUUAAAAAUCAAUUUAAUAUGUGGGCAAUGGAAGCAGCGUAUCGAUGUUGCCAAGCUGGUUAUAUUCUUCAAAAUUAUGCUAGAGAUGACACGAAAAAGCUGAUGGAUAGAAUUGAUAAAUUUUGCACAGGACUUUGGAGAGAACGGAUUUAUCAGAGAAUUUUUGUAACCCGAAUACACCUUGAUCAUAUAAGGAAUUCAUUUUUUUGCCAUCAUCAUUCAGCUCCUGAUCCACCUUUACGCAUGUGUACCGCAAAUCAGUUAAGGACUUAUAGUCAAAUCGCACAGGAAGUGUGGCCUGAUUCAUUGCACCAUCAAAUCUGGCUUGGGAUGGAGAAUCGGCCUCAGAACAAAGAUGCUCCGUACCCAGAUCAAACCUCGCGCAUAUUCCCAGCGUUACAGUUUUCGGUAUUCAAUACGAAUCAGGCAGCACCUGACAGCCUCUGUCUCAUCGAUAUCGAUGCGUUCCUCAACGCAGCGAUACUCUGCUCGUCCGCUGUUCUAGAGGAGCAGCAACUUGGUAGCUUUGUGAAUCCAGAAAAACUACCGACAUUGCCUAUCGAUCUUACCACGACGCUGUCUACAAGUAAUCAAGAUAAAUGGUGGUCGGCGGCAUACAAGAUGUACUUCAAGCGAGAGGAUGUAGACGGUGACAUCGGCGAAUUACGACAAGAAUUGCAACAGGGUUUGGAAAUAAUUCGCUGCAUUGGCAACCACGGCAUGCAUCCGGUGUUAUUGGUACAUUUGGCACGCAUGUUUCAUUAUCGCGCGAAAAUGAUGAAGGAGAAGGAUGAGGCGAAUGGCUACAUCCCUAGAUGGGAGGCACGCUCCGAGCUGUACUGGACCGCCGCUCUACCGCUGUUAGAGAGGCUACAAAAUAAUCAAACAUUACGUAUGUCUCCAUCGAAAUUGUUCAAUUAUCAGGGCAAAGAAAUGAACAAUUUCGAGCUGACGAAUGCGCUUGAAGAAGGCAAGUUGCUAUUGGCCCAACGACUCGUACGCGAUAAACAGUAUGAGCAGGCAAUCGACGCGCUGCAGGCGCUUAAAUGCCCGGAGGCGUCAUUUCAGCUGGCGCAGAUUUACAAAAUUUUUGCGGACGAGAUAGUGGAUUCCACUCCCCGCGAAAGUCUAACGUCAGAAAUGCGAUCGCAACACAUCAUAAUGCUGUCGAAGGCGAGAAACUGCUUUUAUCUUACGCUCGACCGACUUCGUAGUCCGGGCACGAAUCCUAAACACCCACUGAACUCCGAGCUCGGUACUCACAUCACUGAUAUUGAGAAUGAGUUGAAGAGAAUAGAUCCGGAUCUAGGAAGGGGUGAUUUGAGUAGGAACGAUAUCGAUGGUAUAUCCGACGAGAGUUAUUCGCCUACUCACAGCGCUGUAGAUCAGGCGGUCACGAAUCCGACGUUGCCGAUGUUGACGACGCUGACUAGUUCGAACAUGCUAAGCACUCCUCAGAGGAAUAUUCAUCGGACGCCAAAACAUGCUAGUACACCGUGCAGAUUGCAGGAUUACUUGAAUCUAUCAAAAAAUCGCACGGAGGCACGUCCGAGCCCAGAGCGCCUUGACGCUCAAAUACGUCAAAUUAUACAGUCCCGGGACAACGAAAUACAGGAAAUGACGGAGCAGAUAAAAAACAUGAUGAUACAAAUGAAAACGUUGACCGAGAAAAUGGACAAUUUGACGAAGGAGGUAGUGGAAUCGCGCAAAGAAAAUCAAAAGCAUCAACAGCAGCAGCAGCAGCAGCAGCAGCAGCGUGUACAGCAACAACAAAGUGUAAAUCCUGUUAUUGAUCCUGAAGACUUCUAUGUCCUUGACGAUGACGAGUAUGUCGAUUUGAACUAUCAGAAUCAACCGACCGGGCCGGCGUCUUCGAUUUCCGGUAACAUAUUUACACCACAGCAUGCUCGACACCCUUAUUCGUCGCUGAUGUAUCCUUCAGCAGCGACCGCAUUUCAGUAUUAUCAGGGAGGAUUACCAUUCCCCGAUCCAAACACUCAGGCAGCUAUAUCGUCCCUUUACCCACACACCGUUUAUCCGAUGCCCAUGCUAUAUCAGACAAAAGUGCCGGAUAAUCCGCUGCAACAAGGCCUCUUCGCAUCUACGCUUUCUUCGCAGCUGCCCGAUCUCAUGUCGGCAACUGCGACAAAUUCAUCAUUACAAAUGUCGUUGAAGCAGAAAAUCGAAACUCCAUCACGAACUAAGCCCGAAGCUACAACAACGACGGCGACAACUACGACGACGACAACGACGAUUAUCAAAGAUGCACCGGUGAAUAAAGCACUUCCUGUGAAUGUGGUCAUUACGACAUCCGAUACGCUACCAACCACGGUGCCAUCCACUCAACCGACCCUGAGUGUCACCAUACCACCGCAAUAUCGAUUAGGAGGUGGAGUAGCUGUCACUUUCUCUACUACGCCUAUUACGACGAUGACAAUGACUACAACAAAAUCGUCAUCUUCCAAUGUACCGCAUUGCUAUCAGAUUCCCAUGCCCCUGCAAGCCACUAUACCGACCACUGUUAACUUGCCACCAACCUCUACUUAUGUAACUCUGGCCAAUAUCAAUGUGCCGCCGAUCUAUGUCAAUCCAACAACAUCACCGUCUAUUGUCACUGUGACUCAUACAACUAACAGUGGUACUUUACAAAACGUUCAGAAUAAUGUUACUAAUAGUAGUAAGAUACAUGACAAAACCGACAAUACCUAUGAGUCGAUUGAAUCGCCGAAUACAUCCACGGAGGCGUGCGAGCAGGAGCAUGAUCCGAUACCGAACUUCGUACCCGUCAUACCAUUGCCUGCAAAGGUGAAAGUCACCACUGGUGAAGAAAACGAGGAUACUCUGUAUUGCGGCCGGGCAAAACUGUUUCGCUUUGUUGAUAAAGAAUGGAAAGAACGCGGCGUCGGUGACGUGAAACUACUGCGCAACACAGAAGGUAAAGUGCGCCUGCUGAUGCGUCGCGAUCAGAUCCUGAAAAUCUGCGCGAAUCACAUGCUGAGGCCCGACAUGGAGUUGAGUCCAAUGACGAACAACAACAAGGCUUGGUUUUGGGUUGCUAACGAUUUCGCCGAUGAGGAAGUGAAGCUGGAGAAAUUUUGCAUCAGAUUCAAAACCGCAGAGGAAGCGAUGACGUUCAAGGAGGCUUUCGAUCGGGCCAGAUUUAGUCUAUCUGCAACAUCUCCGGAAAAGGCGUACAAGAUCAGUGAGAAAGUUUUCACUGCUUCUUCUAGCGACAAAGACUCGUUCAAGACUCAGAAAUCACAAUUAACACAACAAGAUAAGAUAAGCUCAACAAUCGAAGUGACUUUUUCUGACAAAUCGAAAUCUGGCACAACAACAUUAGGAGGAUUUUCCUUCAGUUCUAAACCUAUUAUUCAAGAAAUCAGCGACACGAAAGCAGAUGACUCUAAGAAAAUCGAUGAACUGGCGAAAGUCAGUCCAUUCAGCGGAUUUUCGUUUACCACCAAAUCAACCAAUAAAUCCGAAACGAAAAUCACGACCACAACUACAACAAGCACCGUCUCGAUGCCAUCUGCGAGCUUUAUCCUCGCUACGACUUCAACAACAAAUUCGCAGUCGUCUGUUGUGAGCACAGUUUCCAAUGAGUCGCCCAUGUUUGCCUCAUCCGCAACAACCGGUCAGAAUUCUACAACCUUGAGGAGACCUCGUUUGCCACCACCUGGUACCAUUAAGCAGGGAUCGUCUAACGAUGAAAUACGACCACAGACUGAAAAUGAGCACAAGUUAUUUGUCGGAACAGCGAGUCUUCAAUGUCAAUCUGUCAACGGUACAAAUGCCAUGCAGUGGAAAAAUAAGGGUACAGGAUCAAUGAUGCUAUUAUUGAACGUAAAAUCCGGCAAGCUUCGCUUGUUACUGACGGAUGACGGAAGCUCCAAGAUUUAUAGUCAUGGAAUUCCGUCGGAUAUGGCGUUUACAUACAAGAAUGGCACUACAGUUGUUAAUUGGACUGUUCCUGGAAACGUCAAAGAACCCGGUAAGACUUGGACGUUACACGCUGCUACCUUUAACACGUCGGAAUUUGCGUCACAGUUCUACAAUGCCGUGUCGAGCUGCCAGCAGAAGCUAGCUAAAGGCAGUAGUCCGAACGAAGUCGCGAAGGCACUCGAAAAGAAAGUUCAAAUAUCGGGCGAGAACAACAAUCAAAAGGUCACGGAAGCGAAGCCACCGUUGUCGGAAUUAUUUAAACCACCAACUGGUUCUUGGGAAUGCACUAGUUGUUACACUAGAAAUAAUUUCACGGAUAUGAAAUGCGUAGCCUGCGAAGCUCCGUCAUCUUCUGCGACUAGUAAUAAGAACGUCUCUGCAGUUGCUAGUAAGCCCAUUGAUUCCAUCAAAUCACCGUUGUCAGAGUUAUUUAAAUUACCCGCCGGUUCCUGGACCUGCACAGGGUGCUACAUUGUUAAUUCCGGGACAAACGCCUACUGCGUUGCCUGCAAUAGUCCCAAGGACCCGUCGCAACCGCCUAAACCGCAGCAGGCUAAUAUCUUCCAGAUGUCCGCCAAGGAAACGACUGUCUCUGGUUUCAGCUUCCGGAUGUCACAGGAUAAGAGCACAAGUGAGAGCGUGAUGACUCCAUCUAAAUCCGAAGAAACUACAGGCACCAAUUUCAUGUUCGGUAUGCCGAUGAAAAGCAGCAUCACAUUAAACACAGGCGAUUCGCCGUUUACUUUUGGCUCACCCGCUAACUUACCCGCUUUCGGCUUUAAUUUUACGGCCAAGUCACCGGCUAAAUCGCCUGGCGGCGGCGGUGGCGAGACCAGCGAAGACGAGGUGGUUGAGAGUGAAGAUGUUCACUUCUCGCCAGUUAUACCAUUGCCGGACAAGGUCGAUGUGAAAACCGGCGAGGAGGAUGAAGAAAUGCUCUAUAGUCAUCGAGCGAAACUCUUUAGGUUCGACACCACGGUGAAGGAAUGGAAGGAACGUGGAUUGGGUGAUAUUAAGCUGCUGUGUCACAAAGAGACUGGGAAGCUGCGGCUGAUCAUGCGUCGGGAUCACGUAUUAAAGUUAUGUCUGAACCAUAUACUAUCCAAUGAGCUGGAGUUCACACCGAAGGACGAGAAAACAUGGCUGUGGACCACUGCGGAUUACAGCGAAGGCGAGAUUGAGUACAUGCAAUUCGCCUGCCGGUUUAAGACGUCCGAGAUCGCAGCAGAUUUCAAAAAAGCGAUUGAUGACGCCAGGAAAAACAUUAAACUGGCCGCCACUGUCAGUAGUAGUGAGAAGAUGAGUAAACCCAUAACGAAAACGCCGACAAAAACGAUCAGCUCACCGGUCAAAGAGAUCGAGAUUGUUUACGAGGCGAAGGUCACUCCGGAAGAGAAGGCAGCCGCCUUAAAGUUGCAGCUACCAGCAAACUUUUAUUCUUACAAGCAAAAGGAAAACUGCCCCGGUUGCAGAGGUUGUAGGAAACCGAGCAUAGUGCUAUAUCCGGAUACCGCUGGGCAAGACACGACGAAGUUUAUACCGGAAGAAAAAAAGGUGACAACGCAAUCGAAAGACAUCUCAAGCUUGAGUACAAGUUCGUUAAGCGGUUCUGAGAGUACCAGUGAGAUUACUCAGAACGUAACGCAAUCUGCGUCUGUGAAGAAUGGAUUCUCUUUCGCGACAUCCACCGCGACGUUUAAGUCUUCGGCUACUCCCAACAUCGACAGUUCUACAAUGAGCUUCGGUACUGGCGAUCUGAAGUUGUUUAACGACAAGAAAACUACGACUUUUUCAUUCGGCAUGAAUCCUCAGUUCGGUACUAACGAAACGAUGGAGAAGACAACAGCGACGACGACGUCGAGUGUCUCGCUUGAUAAUCUCAAGAUCUGUAGUCCUUCAAAUGCUCAAACGACGCAGACAACUACUUUUAACGCGACUGACACAGUUGGGCAAAAUCCGAUAUUUGGUCAAGCGACAUCGACGGCAUCCAUAUUCAACCCGUCUACUUUUUCUUUCAAUUCCGACACGAACAUCUUCGGCGGCGCCUCAAAAACAUCACCGAAAAUGUCAAUCUUUAAUAAGGACAGUGGUAACAAUUCCAUUUCUUCUUCUAUUGCUACCGUAGCAACUACGACAAAUUUUGUUCCGAAAACAUCGACCGUAAUUACUACGUCGACAAUCACAUCCAAUCAGUCCUCUAAAUCGAUAUUCGGCGACAAUUCCACGCCUUUCUCUAAAAUGACGCUUGGUAGCAAUAGUGCUUUGCCGUUCAGUGAUUCUACAACGACGACAAACAUCUUCGGCGGAACGACUGCAACAACGACGAACUUGUUCGGCGGAACAACAGCGUCACCAACGACAAACAUCUUUGGCGGGACAACGGUGGCGACGACUAAUUUUUUCGAUAGGACGACGGCACCGGUAACGACAAAUAUCUUUGGUGGGACGACGGCGGCAACCGCAACGAACGUUUUUAGUACGGCAACAAAUGCGACGAAUGUUUUUGGUGCGACGGUGGCUGUUUUCGGUACGAAACCAUUGGAUGACGUUCAGAAGAAUGAGGAUGGUCCCAGUUUCUUAUCAGGAAAUAACAUGUCGUUUUCGGCGCUUGCUGCGACGGCGGUGCAACCGGAGGCCUUUAAAAUCGAUCCCAACUUCACGUUCGCUGGUGCGGGAUCAUCGGUGUUCGGUUCAAAAUCCGCUACAUCUCUGAAUAGCUCGACGACGAUUCGAAACACAUUGCGCGAAGAGCAAAAGGAAGAAAAUGAUGAAGACGAUGGCGAAGUAGAUAACGAACAGGAGCACGAUCCUCACUUUGAACCUAUUGUACCUUUACCGGAUACCAUUGAAGUCCGAACUGGCGAAGAAGAUGAGGAAAAAGUGUUCUGCCAAAGAGCCAAGUUGUACAGAUAUGACAAUGCCACGAAGGAGUGGAAAGAGCGUGGCAUCGGCGAAAUGAAGAUCCUGCAUCAUGUAGAUCAUGGCAGCUAUCGGUUGCUGCUGCGUCGGGAGCAAGUGCACAAGGUCGUCUGCAACUUCCUGAUCACUUCCGACGUAGAGUUCCAUCCGCUUUCUACAUCAAACCAGGCUUGGAUGUGGGCCGGCAUGAACUAUGCCGAGCAGGAGCCCUGCGCCGAACAGUUAGCGGUUAAAUUUAAAUCGCUCGAUUUGGCCCGGCAGUUCAAGGCACAUGUCGAUAACAUUCAGCAAGAAUUGCGCGAGAAGAGAAUUGCUGAAGGUAGUGAAAGAUGCAUCGGACAAGCAGAGGACAGUGAAGAACAUAACCGAGAUCAUGAUGUGAAUGAAGAAGAAGAAGAGGAUGACGAGGAUGAGGAGGAUGAAGAGGACGAUCAGGAGAUGCUUCCUAUAAUCGAGAAACGUGCCACUGUAUUCGCGAGAUGGCCGGAUGACAAUAAGUGGGAGAGUGUGGGUUUAGGGAACCUAGCAAUUCAUUAUGAUUCCGAGAUCUACGCGGAGAGAAUUGUCUUGAAGCUCGACGACUCGGAAGACUACGCGAGUAACACCAUUAUCAGUAUAGAUACAGUGAUGCGGGUGGAGGGCAAAGAAUGUAUUUGGAGCGGAAUCGAUUACGCCUUGGAUCCUCCAGAGCGUAGAGUUCUGAGGGCAGUCUUCUCGUCGGUACAAGCGGCGCAACAGAUGCAUACUUUCUUCGAAGAUGGAGUGGACAGUGCAAAGCAAGCCGGUGUCGUUGAAUAUCAUGAAGAAGAGUGAAGAUUUUUAGCUAAUAUAAGUAGCUGCUAAUUGACUGUUGUUACAUAAUUCAUUACCUUUCUAUAAGUUAGCGUAAAUGUUAAUUAAACGGGUUUCAUGUCGUUCUUCUCAAGUUGUAAGUAAAAAAAUUGUAUAAAAAAGAAGGGAAAAGAAAAGAAACUGUACGAUUUUUACGUACAGCUUCCUUUUUUCUUUUUUUUUUAGACUCAAGACACGUGAAAUUUGACAAAUACAAUUGUCUGUAUAUGCACACGAAUACAAGUGCAAGUUCCCGUAGUAAUAAUUUAUGCAAAAAAUAUACUUAUAAUAAUUGCACAAAUUGAAAAAAAGUAGAUCAAGCAUUACGAUGUUUAAUUCAUUCGUUUAUUUUUAUGCUAGUAUAGUAUAACUAUAUAAAAAAGUUUCCUUUUUUUUUUUAAAUAAAAUAUGUGCCAAAACUGAAAAUCGCUUUCUACUUUGCAAUGAAAGCACUAUUUCUCCGUAGCUAUACUGAUAACUUUUUAAAAAACUCAGUUAUUUUUAAAUAAUCAUCUCUAAACUAUACACUUUGAAGUGGAUAUUUACAAAAAUCUUGGUAAGAAUCAUGCGUUACAUGCUGAUUGAAAAAUCAUAAAGAAGCAUCACAUUUAUGCCGUUAAAAAGUUUCUACAUCUAUCGCUGUCCGGCCCGAUUUUAAAUUCGGGUACCCAAAAUGUACCCGAACAUUACAAACAUUCGGGUCCCGAUUCGAUCCCGAAAAAAAUUCCCGACUCGACCCGAACCUGAAAUCUCGGAUACCCGCACACUGCUAGUAAUAUUGUAUCUCUUGGACCGAAAUAGAAGUUGCCGCAUAAAAAGAUAUGUGUAGACCAUCGAUAUGACAUGUGUAAUAUG